UUUUGUAAACAAAGAUUCUCCUCGCCAGUGUUUAUCUUCUUAAGUUUUAUCAAAUUUUAACUAAUUUAUGGUCUGUCAAAGCCCAAGAAGUAUUUUCAAUUUGGUAGUUAAUCAUAUUUCUAAAGAAAAUUUCCGUUUAAAGUGAAGAAAAGAUUAGAAAAAUAGAAGUUUUCGAAUAAAAUUGGCACGGACAGCCUUAGAAAUGGAAGAUUUCCCGGAUUUUCUGCAGAAAAUAACUCACAGCGGUGAGAAAAAACUUGAUCAGGAAAAAUUGAAGAAAUUGGACGAGCUUGUAGGGUUGUCAGCAAAGAAUUGUAAACAGAGCUACCAGCACAUAAUGAAACAUUUGGAAAAGAAACACUCGGAAGUGCGCUACAGCACUCUUCUUGUGUGUGACCACUUAGUAAGGUCCAGUAAAGUCUUCCGCACUUGCCUGAUCGGAGAAGACUUGACCACUUUCCUUGAGCUCACCAUGGGAAUCAACAAAUCAAGACCGUUGCCACCUCCGAAAAGUGUGGCCAAAGAACUUCGCAACAAAGCAAUAUCCGUGAUUUACAAGUGGCACGAGGACUUCGGCAAAUCCUUCGUGGAACUUUCAAACGCUUAUUUUUUCCUCAAAGACUGCUACAAGGUUGAUUUCAAAGCCAUUGAGAAGGAACAGGCCGCGGAGAAAAUUAAGGCUGAAUUAGAGCAAAGACGGGCAGUUGCGAAAAAAGAGGACAGAUUGAAAAAGGCACUGAAUGAGUUCAAAAACUUCUUCGACGAAGCUCAAAGUUUGUGCACCGAACUAGACAAUUGCAUUUCUCUUUUGGUUCCUACUCCGGAAGACUUUUUCCUUCCUGUGAGCAAAGACGGGGCCAUAAGCUCUGAUGCAGGACCAAGUUCUGAAAAUAUAUCUUUGAGAGCACACGGAGUCGUUACUGCUGGAAUAUCAAUUCCACUUCAAGUGAAAAGGAAUAUUCCAAAGUUGGUGAUCAACGAGGACAAUCAGCCCAUCGUAGAAAGUGCCCGAGAUAUUCACAGUCAGUUGUCGAAAAAUCACAUAAAAAGGAUUGCAUUUUUGACUGAGGUCUUUGCUGAUGAGAAAGACCAUGCUGGAAAAUAUCAAACUUGUAAGCUCUUGAAUGAGCAGCUAAAAAGGUGCUUAGCUCAGUACGAAGAGCUAGGAUUGAAGAGAAAGAAGAGAAGCAGCUCAGUGAGUAGCGAUGAAGAUGAUUUUGAAGAGGUUGAGCCAAAAGAGGGCUACGAAGAAAAAGUCAAAGAAGAUCUUUUGACGCACAUGGUCACUGCUAAACCAAAAGUAGAAGUUCAAAGGAAAAAAUCUGCAGAUGUAAAGAUCGUUGAGAGGAAGGAAAUUAAGCCUGUGAAGAAUAUGCCAAAGAACAUCGAGGACUGGGAGAAAAAGAAUAUGGAACUGCCACCAGUGAUUGUGGGCAUCCGUCCAGACAACAGUCAGGUUUGGAUCGGACCCUCUGUUGAAGACGAUGAAGUCAAAGUGCCAGUCAUUGAGAGCUGCCCUGUCGAAUACUCGAGUGCCUUUGAACCAGUGAAGUGGGCGUGCCGAGCUCCUCUACCGAAUGGAUCGUUAUGUCCAAGGAAAGACCGAGUGAAGUGUCCAUUCCAUGGGAAAAUCUUACCUCGAGAUGAUCAGGGAAGAUGUACCCGGGAGGAGGAUGCCAAAGCAGAGGAAGAAAGAAAAGAGCAGCAACUGCGAGAUCACCCUGAGUGGCAGGAUCCAAAACUUCUUGCAGAGCUCAAGAGAACUACUGGAAUUGAUUUGGAAAUGCCAAAGAAGGGCAAGAGAAAGAAAAAGGCACCUGAGUUUCCAGGCCUUACUGACAUCUCUGCCAAAAAGGACAGCCCUCGAAAAAGACUAGCCCGAAAAGUCCUAACGAAAUCCGAGCUGAGGCAGCUGAAGUCAAGACUGGACAUUGAUAGGGAAGACAGAAGAGAGCAAGAAUUCUACUUGAGCUCCGAGGAAUCAACGGACUGAUUUAGCAAUAGCAAGACGGGUUGCAAAUGCCAAAUUAAACGAAACGCGCCGCCCGGUGAAUGUGCUGCACGCUGCUGGGAAUUGGGACGACGCGAUGCCACUGACAAUGAGCUGCGUUUCUUGCCUCACACAAUACAAUUAAAAUUCGUAGGUGUCACUCAAUUUGCUGCUCGUUUGGCACGCACAAUCAACGCGUCUUUGCCAAGUCAGCAGAUCAAAAUUUGGCACAGUUUUAUCAGAGGAAAAUUACCCGUUUCUUUCCAAGAUGUUGCUUCUGAAUUAUGUUCCAAAUCAAGCAGGAAAAGCUCAAAAUUGAAGAAAAUUGAAUGAAAAAUGAAAAAAAAUGAGGUUUUAUUUGGAAUGUUUUAAAUUAAAAUUUAAUGCCCAAAUAAAAUAUAAAAAUGUCAA